AUGAAUGCUGAUGUAAGUUCUAUUCAAUUGACUGAAAUAAGUCCUCCACUCACUUCCUAAAAACCUAGGAAGGAUGCUUUCAAUAAUCCUAUUUUAAAGGGCAACAGUUCCCAUAAAGUUAUUUUUAGAGAUCAAGCAAAUAAUGGUCCAUUAGUCUAAAUCCACAUUGUUGAAAAUUUUAAAGAAUAUAAUUUGGAAGAACCCCAAAUGAAUAAAAAAACUUAGAUUUGUAAUUGUGCAAUAAUUUGA